AUGGGAUCAAAUGCACAUAUAUUUGCUCUCUGUACAAUUCCAGGACAAGUCGGUUCGGGAGGAUUGUUUUAUCAACGUUUAAAUGAUUUUUCGGGUUUUGCUCCUCUACCAAGUGUUUGCUUGCAAAUUUCUAUACUUUCACUUGUACCUCAUUUCAUUCAUAUGGUAUUGUCACGGUUCCAUCAACCGUUACUUGUUUCUCAAAUACUGGGAGGGAUACUUGCAAGUCCAUGGAUUCUUAGCUAUCCACUUAUUAAAAUAUCAGAUCGCACGCCUAUAGGGAUUACAUAUUUCCUAUUCCCUAAAGAUGGAUUUCAAGUGGUAGACAUGCUUGCUCAUUUCAGUUCCAUGUUUUUUAUGUUUAAAGUGGGAGUUCAAAUGGAUCCUAAAAUAUUGAAGAAAGCUCGUUGGCCAACAUACAUCAUCGGAUUCUGUUGUAUUGUUUUCUCCUAUAUAUCAGGAGAAUUACUUAGCCGUAUACCCGCAUAUGAUGAUAUAAAUGGAUUAAAGUCACCUACGAAGAUGACAGGGUUUCAGAGCUCUAAGAAAGUAGUAAAUCUAUUCGGCAUGAUUUCUUUUCCUGUUAUUGCUUAUAUGCUUACUGAUCUCAACAUUCUUAACUCUGACCUAGGCAGUUUAGCAAUUCAUGUAGCCAUGGUUGCUGAUUUUCUUCAUACGGGUGAAAAAUUCUUCACCUUACUCGGCCAAUUAUUCUCAAGAGGAAACCCAACACAUGGAAGAACUGUAGUGUUACUCAUGUUGGGGACGCUGAUAUACAUAUUUUUAAUUGUGCGCCCGGCAGCAUUAUGGGUUGUAAAGAAUACACCUGAAGGAAGACCAGUAAAUGAUGUUUACAUUUCCUUAAUAAUGAUUUCAGUUCUACUAUGUGGUCUAGCUAGUGAAUAUUGCGGAUUGAAUGGUACGGUUGGGGCAUUCUUUCUUGGUUUGGCUAUACCUGAUGGUCCACCUUUAGGAUCUGCUCUAGUUCAGAAACUACGCAUUGUGACUGUAUUUUUCAUGCCUCUUCAUAUGGGGAUCGUUGGGUUUAAGACGAACAUUUACGAUGUCCAUUUUACAUAUCUAUGGCGUGUUUUUCUGGUCAUCCUUGGUUGUAUCCUUGGAAAGUUUAUCGGGCUUUUCAUCCCAGCUGUGCUUCUUGGAGUCUCUGAGCGAGAUAGUUUGUUGCUUGGACUCAUUAUGAACUUUAAAGGCAUUGUCGAGGUUUCCAUACUUAACACCUGGCUAGAUUCAAAACAACAACAAGAAAUAUUUAGUGCAGCAAAUACAAUCAUGGUUCUCACACUUGUAGUGCUAGUAGCAGUUAUUACACCAGCGGUGAAAUACCUCUAUGACCCUUCAUUGAAAUACUUAACCUACAAAGGGAGGUCUAUUUUGCAGUCGAAUGGAAACAACUCAGAUUUUCGUGUACUUGUAUGUGUUCAUACCCAAGACGAGGUUCCAGGCAUAAUCAGACUCCUUGAAGCCUCUAAUCCUACAGAACUCCACUCCCUCACCGUUUAUCUCCUCCAUCUUGUUGAACUCGUUGGUCGUGCUACUCCUCUUCUUAUUUCCCACCCAUUGCAUAAACGUGCUUCCACAUCGAACCUUACCAAAUCGGAUAGGAUUAUCAAUGUCUUCCAGCAAUUCCAAAACCGGUACCAGAACCUUGUUACAGUUCAUCCAUUCUCCACCAUCUCUCCGUAUGCUUCAAUGCACACCGACAUAUGCAGCAUGUCAGUUGACAAGAGGACUGCUCUCAUAAUCUUCCCUUUCUACAGGCAAGACGCAGUAAGUAGGAGGGAUGAUCUUGCCAGAUCAAAUAUAUCUAAUCGUUCUAUCAAAACACUUCUUCAAAAUCUGUUGCGAAGCUCCCCUUGCUCACUCGGGGUGUUCAUUGAUGGUAAUAAUCACCAAACACAACCUCCUUGCUUCUUUUCCGACACGCCUUACCGCGUGAUAGUACUCUUUUUUGGCGGCCCGGAUGAUCGAGAAGCACUGGCUUUUGCGAUGAACAUGAUUCAUCAUCCGGAAGUCUUUGUUACUCUUGUUAGGUUUUAUUGUCCUGCGACUCUGUCAUCUGAUGGAGUUAUUGACUAUGGCAACGAAUCUGUUAGCAUUGAUGUUGAUAGGCACAAGUUACUUGAUGAUGAAUUGGUAAACCAUUUCAGGGUUAACACAGCGCACGACGACACCUUGAUAUAUAAAGAAGUAGAGGUGAAAGAUGUUGCGGAAACAAUAUGGGCAGUCCGGUCACUUCACGACGAUUUCGAUCUUAUGGUCGUAGGGAGACAACAGAUCAUUGAUUCAAAAAUAUUUUCAGGAUUAGAUACUGAUUGGGCGGAAUGUGAAGAUCAUGGAGCUAUCGGAGCUAUGGUAACAUCUCCUGAUUAUGAUGCUGAAGGCUCAAUCUUAAUAGUUCACCAACGGCAAGAUAUUAAUUAG